AUGGGGAUCAUCAACUGGGUGCAGAACCGCCUCAACACCAAGCAGGAGAAGAAACGAUCGGCCGCCGGCGCCGCUGCCGCCAGCUCGGCUCGCAAUGCCCCGGACUGGGAGAAGAGUUGCCGCGGCCAGGCCGACGACGAGCUCCCCGGCGACUGGAGCAUGCUCUCCAUCGGAACCCUCGGCAACGAGCCCACGCCGGCGCCGGCGCCAGAUCAGGCUGUGCCGGACUUCACCAUCGAGGAGGUGAAGAAGCUGCAGGACGCGCUGAACAAGCUACUCCGGCGCGCCAAGUCCAAGUCCAGCUCCCGCGGCUCCACCGCCGGCGCCGGCGACGAGGAACAGAACCUGCCGCUCGACAGGUUCCUCAACUGCCCCUCCAGCCUCGAGGUCGACCGGCGGCUCUCGCUCAGGCUGCAAGCCGCCGACGGGGGACAGAACGGGGAGUUCUCGCCUGACACGCAGAUCAUACUCAGCAAGGCCAGGGAGCUCCUCGUCAGCACCAACGGCAAUGGCGGGGGCGUCAAGCAGAAGUCCUUCAAGUUCCUCCUCAAGAACAUGUUCGCCUGCCGGGGCGGCUUCCCGCCGCAGCCCAGCCUCAAGGAUCCAGUUGAAACAAAAUUGGAGAAGUUGUUUAAGACGAUGCUUCAAAAGAAGAUGAGCGUCCCUCGCCCGAGCAACGCGGCAUCGUCGUCGAGGAAGUAUUACCUAGAGGAUAAACCAAUGGGGAGGAUCCACAUGGAUGGUAGCCACGAGGAGGAGGAGGAUUACAAUGUUGAAGAUAUCUUCAAGUGGGACAAAACCGAUUCAGAUUUCAUUGUUCUUGAGGUGUAAAGCGAGACCAGACACACAAGGUUAAGAUCAUUAUGAUGUGAAACGAUUACAUGGAUGUUAUAGUGCGAUCGACGCUGCAGUAAUCCCGAUGAUACACGUUGAACGAUCAGCCAGAGGAUACAGGAUGGAAUGCGCGAGGGCGCACUACUGAAUGAAGAACACGCCUCGACACGCACAAGAUUUGAUCUGCUGUUCAUAGGAGGAAAUCAGUUUUCAGCUUAAUUAGUUUUACUCCUUUUGCUUCUUCUUUUUUGAGGGAUUGCUCCCUUUAAUUUUUGUUUCAGAGGCAUGAUAUAUCCAUGCAUGUUCCAUGUAUACUCCCCUUAUAUAUAUAUAAUUCCACAAGAUUUAAA